CACUCGCUGUGGAGGGACGGAGGCAGGCGGCGCUGGCAGUCAUCUCGCACGGCGCCUUCCCGCAGCCUGCACCCGGCUGCCGCCGGCUCUGAGGCCAUGCUGCGGGCGUGUCACCGAGCGGGGUUCGCCGUGGCCGCACAGAGCAGCCGGUGUGGGAGAGCAGCGCCGCGCCCGGCACGGCUGCCCCGCGGCUACGCCACACACUCAGGAGAGUCUGGGCUGUCGGUGGGCAGGGUCGUCGGCGCGGGGCUGCUGCUGCUGGGCGGCGGCGCGGGCGGCACGCUGCUCUAUGCCAGCUACGACCCCGGCUUCCGCGACGGCGUGGAGAAGGCUCUGCCCUACUCCCAGAGGCUCUUCGAGGUGGCCCUCGGCCCCGCGGCCCCCAGCGCCCCGCAGGGUGCCCCCCAGCCCCGGAGACCGGUGCAGCACGGGCCGCUGAAGAUCUCUUCUGUAGAAGAAGUAAUGAAGGAGUCUAAACAGCCUGCUACCAAAUCCCAGCUGAGCAAGCCAGAAGCUGCUGCUCCUCCAGAGGACAAAGAAGCAGGCAAGGAGGCAGCACAGAUCCUCUCCGCCACGGGGGUGGCCGUGUCGGUGCCGGCGCCGGGGACAGAGCCUGCAGAAGGCCAAGAGCAGGAGGGGCCCCAUGCCAUCAGGGAGCGGCCCCCGGAGGAGGUGGCAGCCCGGCUGGCCCAGCAGGACAAGGAGGAGCAGGAGAAGGUUGCUGCCCUUGCAGCAGCCCUAGAAGGAGCCCUCAGCACCACAGCUCGCAUCACCCUUCAGGCCAUCACUGCCCAGGAGUCUGCUGUGCAGGCAGUGAAUGCCCAUUCCCAGAUACUGAAGGAGGCCAUGGACAGUUCUGAGGACGCUGGGGACAAGAAGUCCUCGCAGUGGCGCACGCUGGAGGAGGCCCUGAAGGAUCGCAGGAGAGCAGUGGAUGAGGCUGCUGAUUCCCUUCUGAAAGCCAAAGAGGAGCUGGAGAAGACAAAAGGAGUCAUUGAGAAUGCCAAGAAGUCUCAGCUGGCAGGAGCCAAGCCUCACAUUGCAGCUGCAGAGGAGAAUCUUCACCACAUGCUCGUUGACUUGGACAACGUUGUGAAGAAGGUGCAGGCAGCCCAGGCUGAGGCUAAGAUCGUGGCUCAGUACCACGAGCUGGUGGCCAAGGCUCGGGAGGAGUUCCAGCGGGAGCUUGACAGCAUCACUCCCGACCUGCAGUCUGGCUGGAAGGGGCUCAAGAUAACUGACCUAGCCGGGCAGCUGUCCCCGGACGACCUGAGCUCGCUGGUGGCCCAUGCCCACCGGCGCAUCGAGCAGCUGAGCCGGCAGCUGGCGGAGCAGCAGGUGCGGCAGCAGCAGCGUGUGGAGGCCGCCCUGCAGCAGCAGAAGCUGGAGGACAGGAAGGCCCUGGAGGCGGCGGUGGCCAAGGCGCUGGAGCACCACCGCAGCCAGAUCGACUUGGAGCAGGAGAAGAAGGUUGAGGAGGUGCGAGAGGUGAUGGAGAACGAGAUGCGGACGCAGCUGCGGCGCCAGGCUGCUGCCCACACUGACCACCUGCGGGACGUCCUCAAGGUCCAGGAGCAGGAGCUGAAGGUGGAGUUUGAGCAGAACCUCUCUGAGAAGCUGAGUGAACAGGAGGUGCAGUUCAGACGCCUCACGCAGGAGCAGCUGGACAACUUCACCCUGGACAUCAACACAGCCUACGCCCGGCUGAAGGGCAUCGAGCAGGCCGUGGAGAGUCAUGCAGUAGCAGAGGAGGAAGCCAGGAAGGCUCAUCAGCUGUGGCUCUCCGUUGAGGCCCUCAAGUACUGCAUGAAGACAGGCUCCGGGGACAGCCCCACGGAGCCGCUGGGGGGCGCGGUGAAGGCCAUCCAGGCCAGCUGCAAGAACGCCUUCACAGAGACCCUGACGGGGGCGCUGCCGCCGCAGUCGCUGACGCGGGGCGUGUACAGCGAGGAGGCGCUGCGGGCUCGCUUCCACAGCGUGCAGAAGCUGGCCAGGAGGGUGGCCAUGAUCGACGAGACCAGGAACAGCCUCUACCAGUACUUCCUCUCCUACCUGCAGUCCCUGCUCCUCUUUCACCCGCAGCAGCUGAAGCCCCCUGCUGAGCUGGGCCCUGCCGACCUCGACACCUUUAAGCUGCUGUCUUAUGCCUCCUACUGCAUCGAGCGCGGGGACCUGGAGCUGGCGGCCAAGUUUGUCAACCAGCUGCGGGGGGAGUCCAGGAGGGUGGCCCAGGACUGGCUGAGCGAGGCGAGGGUGACCCUGGAAACCAAGCAGGUGGUGGAGAUCCUGACGGCCUACGCCAGCGCCGUGGGGCUGGGCACGACGCAGGUGCAGUGAGCCAGGCCUGCAGCCCAGGGGGCGCUCAGCUCCCAGCCCUGCUCCCCAGCAGCUGCCGCCCAGGCUGCUGGCGGCACUGGCUCAGAGCCGGGCUGCAGCCCCGGUGCCUUGCGCUGCGUCUGACUCCGACGGCUGUGUUUGCACUGGGUGUGAGCUACCCUGGCAGGCAGCUCCAGGAAGCUUCUCUGCAGGUUGUGUAACAGUUUUGUCUCCCCACGGUACCAGGCAGGCUACUGUGACCCAACCGAAACAAUGUUUGUCUCCUGCCAUUCAUUUGCCACUUUGUCAGCUGAAUAAACCAGAACUUCACCCUCUCUGCUGCUGGCCUCCU